CUCAACACAUGCUGAAAAAUAGUUUUAGACUGGUUUUCUCUGACCAUUGAAUAAGCGACAUGAUGCGGGCGGCGUUCUCCGCUUUGUCUGUAGCUUUAUUUCUGCUCUGUGUCAAAUGCAGACCAAGCGAAAAUGAGCUUUCAGAGAGCCGGAUUGUGGGGGGACAGGUGGCGGACCCCGGGGAGUGGGGGUGGCAGGUCUCCAUACAGUAUGACUACAGUAACACCUGGCGACACAUCUGUGGGGGGACGCUCAUCCAGCAGAACGUGGUCCUGACGGCGGCUCAGUGUGUGUCGGGGCUCAGCAUUUCGUCUUUGAGAGUUGCGGCAGGAAUGAACAGGAUAUCAGAAGGCGGGAUGACAUCAGGAAUAUCUAAAGUGACUGUGCAUCCCCAGUUCGGCAGUAGCUCUCCAGGAUUCCCGAACGACAUCGCUCUUGUUGAACUCCAGACGCCAUUCCUGGCCGGUGGGUCCAUCCAGAUCGCCAGUCUACCGUCCAGUAAGACUGAGGAUUUCUCCAAUCUUCCCGACUGUUGGAUGACGGGAUGGGGAAGGACUUCCGGUAGUUCCGGAUAUUCUGACGUUUUGAUGGAAGCCCAAGUGACCAAUAUAAGAAACACACAGUGUGUCAAUCAAUGGAACAACGUUCCAAGCGCCGCCAUACUGGACAACCAUGUCUGUACCUAUGAAAUAGGAAAGUCGUCUUGUAGUGGUGACAUCGGCGGCCCGUAUGUCUGUAUGAAGGACGGUCAGUACAAGCUGGUGGGGGUCAUGUCCUGGGGGAUACAGACCUGUAGCGGCGACUACCCCAGUGUCUGCGUCAGGGUCUCCAACUAUCUGGACUGGAUAUCAAUCUCCAUCUGAUGUAUACUGUGACGUCAUUAAACAUUCGGAGACGACCCGA